ACAGCCCUUCUUCAACCUUAUGCUUAUCAUGCGGUCUGUCCUAUUCCUACUGGCGAUUGCCACCGCUGCCCGGUCUACUGUCAGUUUUGUGCUGCCUGCCAAGCACCAGGUAUCGCAUGUACAAACAUCUGCCGCCGCAGUUGUUGGUGCGUCCCCUGCUGUAGUCGUGGAGACCUUCAUCCUGCCGAUGGGAGACGAUUCGCGUUUAAAAAUUCGCUGCAAACCUGAGACUUUCAAAGAUUUGGCGUUGCGAGUCAACGCUCUUCUUGCUUCGUUCAGGGCUAUCAAAGCAGCCAAUGCAGCUGAAGAUAAGACAGGUCCCGCGCCUCGUGAGCCAUCUUUAGAGUUUUUGGUUACGGAUUUUGAGACGCGUUUGGAGAUGGAGUGCAAUCCUAACAUUUAUCCCGAUGCCUUCCAUGCCGCAGUAUUCGUGAAGGUCCAAAAUGAUGUGCUCGAGGUAACGUCGCAAUGUCAACUUAGCGCGUUGGUCGACGCCUUAAAAUUGUACAAGAGUACGUACAAGGUUGAAUUGGAUGCCAACAAGUCUGGGGCAAAGCAGUAAAAUUGGAAAGUGGGUAAUCAUCGACGAUAUGUGGGUGUGUGGAGUAGACUUCAAUCAAAUUCUGCUGGGUAGGAAGGAAAAUAAUCAGUCUUGACGACAAAAUCCGGGCAAUUUUCUCUACAAGUUUUUUGAAGUUUGUUCUCAG